GAAGAAGAAGAGGAAGAAGUUGGGUGUUGAAGGUGCAAAAGAACGGCGAGAGAAAAUACGCUUUUUAGUGAUCAUCCAUCCAAGUGAAACCCAAAGGAAAUUCUUUUAAACACUAGCCAAAGUGGAAACCGGUUUUCCGUCAUCCGUGUUCCGGUCGUCACCGCCGUCGCCGCUGUAAUCGUCGCCGUCGUCGUCGUCGUCGUUGCCGCCGCCAACGAUAUACGCGCCCUCCGUCCGUCGUCGAGUGAGCCGCGAAACCGUCGUACGUUGAAGCUCGUUCGCGCCGCCCUCGCUGGUAUUGAAGCGACCUAGCACACCGGCGCCCUUCCGAAUCCGAUUCCGAGUCCGGUUAGGCCGUGGUCGAGACAGAAACCGUCACAAUAGAUCCGAACGGGGAGAACGGCCGUGACCUGCCGGGUCCGGCCGGCACGUUUAAGCUGUUCAUCGGAAAUGUGGACGAGAAGACGCCGCCGUCUGAACUGCGACAGCUCUUUGAGCAGUACGGUGUCGUUAGUUCCUGUGACGUGGUAAAAAAUUUCGGGUUCGUCCACAUGGAAAAAGAAGCAGAAGCUCGGCAGGCCAUCGAUAAUUUAAAUGGCUACAUGGUCGGUGGGCAACCGAUCAAGGUAGAAGCUGCUAGAAGUCGCCGCGCACCGAACGCCAACACGGCGAAGAUCUUCGUGGGCAAUCUGACGGACAAGACGCGCGCCCCGCAGAUACGAGACCUUUUCGAGAAGUUCGGCACGAUAAUUGAAUGUGACAUAGUUCGCAAUUAUGGGUUCGUACACCUCGAUCCAACCGGGGGGGACGUGAACGAAGCGAUCCGAGAAUUGAACGGCAUGAUUGUCGACGGCCAACCGAUGAAAGUGCAGGUCUCUACCAGUCGCGUCCGGCCGAAGCCGGGCAUGGGCGACCCGGAACAGUGCUACCGGUGCGGUCGGGCCGGUCACUGGUCGAAGGAGUGUCCGCGAUUGAUCUGGGCCGAGCGUGGCUUCCGCGAACGCAGCAUGUACGCCCGAGAUCUGUAUCCGCCGCCGCCACCACCACCCUUCCUUCGCGAUCGUAUUAUGGACGGAUUUAGGGAUCCAUUCGAUUACUAUGACCGGUAUGAGGAUCCACGCGAUCUGUUCGAGCGCCGGUACGGUAUCCCGAGGGCCCGUGAUUUUCCCCCCAUGAGACGGGAACCGAUGCCACCGAUACCGCCCCUAAUGCGGCGCAGUGUCACCGAAAGCAGCCGCAGUAGCAGCAGUUACGAUCCAAUCUUCAGUCGCCGUACGCCACCACCCAGCAGUCGUAACGGUAGCAGCAGCAUCAGCCGAGGGUUCGGUGUGUACGAGGACUUUAGCCGCGAUUCGUUUGACGAUCGGCGUGGUUUGCGUGGUCCCUCACCGACGCACCGGUACGCACCCUACUGAGACGCGAUGUUCUAGGGUGCAGCCGUCGAUGCUGUCACCCGCCCUCCUUCGGGAGAUAACUGCACUGGAUGGAAUUAAAAGAGAUUGUUGAAGGAUGCGCCGGUUGGUUUCCUCUUGUCACGGGAAACAAUCCAGCCAAUUUAGAUGGCAGGAAGAGAAAAUGCAAAUGUAAGCAACCACCAAUGGAACACCGUUCAACCGGGAACGAAUGCAAGACGCGGAGCCAGCAGUUUUAGAAGAGUUCCUCUUUGAUUCGUUUUCAUGUUUGAUCCUCUACCCGAUGCAUCAUUAUGGGUACUACACUACACACGCACGCAGAUCAUCCAUUCAUCUGAUCAUACACAGCUCAUCCUUUUAUCUUUGUCAUCCGGUUGAAUUAAGAGAUGGAACCUUGACCCGUUAUUGACUUUUACAGCUAACUCACUAGGACCAUUAUGUCUCGAUUUUCGUUGUGCUCGAGACGAUGACCUAAGCUUAAGACUAGGUUUAGUGGUUCGCAACUGUCCACAAGAUACGGCUGGGAUGGGAGCGAACGUGGGUGUAAAGAUGCUCCGUACAGAGCCAGCGGGGGGAGUGUAUGGAGCGCGGCAGCGCAACAGUAUAGUUGAUAAGCAUAUCUAUACAUAACAAUACAAAACAAUACAACUAUUUCAAAAUCAAACGCCCAGGUUGCUUUCU